CACUCAAAGAGAAUCUUCUUCUUCUUCUUCUUCUUUACCCUGGAUUGGAUGAACAUGUCUUUACUCUUUCUCCACUUCUUCUUAAUUUGGCAGUGCCCAUCCCCCCUAGAUCCAUUUUCUCAAUUUACAACCUACAUGUUUCUUUUUCUUUCUUUUUUCGGAUUUCUUUCCCUUUUCUUUUUCUUUCAUUUCAUGCCUGUUUCAAAACUUUCUUUAAUUCUUUAGCUGAUUUUCUUGCUUUUCAGUUCUUAAUUUCUACCAAUACAUUUAUACUGAGAAGGGAAAACAAGAAAAGAAUUAGUAGAAACAAGAAUUUGUUGUCUUAGAACCCUUUUUUUUAAAAAAAAAUUUUACGUAUGAUCUUCAGUUCAGAGGUAGCGAUGGGAAGAGGAAAGAUCGAGAUCAAGAGGAUAGAGAACACGACGAAUCGCCAAGUGACCUUCUGCAAGAGGAGAAAUGGACUGUUGAAGAAAGCUUAUGAGUUGUCAGUUCUUUGUGAUGCUGAGGUUGCCCUCAUCGUCUUCUCCAGUCGUGGCCGCCUCUAUGAGUACUCCAACAACAAUAUAAAAUCAACAAUUGAGAGAUACAAGAAGGCCUGUUCGGACAGUUCAAAUACUAGUUCCAUCACAGAAAUUAAUGCCCAGUAUUAUCAGCAAGAAUCAGCAAAGCUCCGGCAACAAAUUCAGAUGCUACAGAAUUCUAACAGGCAUCUAAUGGGGGACUCCUUGAGUUCCUUGACUGUGAAGGAGCUAAAGCAGCUGGAAAAUAGGCUCGAGCGAGGCAUUACUAGAAUCAGAUCAAAGAAGCAUGAAUUGCUGCUGGCUGAAAUUGAGUACUUGCAGAAAAGGGAGAUUGAGCUGGAAAAUGAAAGUGUCUGUCUGCGAACCAAGAUAGCAGAAAUCGAAAGACUUCAGCAAGCAAACAUGGUGACUGGGGCGGAGCUGAAUGCAAUCCAGGCAUUAACCUCUCGCAAUUUCUUUGGUUCACAUAUGAUUGAGGGUGGAGCUGCAUAUUCUCACCCUAGCGACAAGAAGAUUCUCCAUCUUGGGUAAACUUAGUUGGAGAAGACAUUGAGCAAGGUGAAGGUGAAGGUGAAGGUGAUGCGCAUCCGCUAAUUAUGUAAUUUCACAAAAUAAAGAUACCAAAACUUUACUGUUAUAAGUAUGUGUGCCAGCUCCCUGUUACAUGGCCAAUGGAACUGGUUUGUGUUCUUUAUUUAGUUAAAAACAUUUGCAUGGAUAUUUUGUCUGUAUUUGGAUUAUGCAGUAAUUAUUAUUACUAAUAAAAAAAGAACUAUAACUAGCUUAAUCACCGACUCACUGUUCAAGACCAGUGAUUAUGCUAGUUAGUUUUAUUAA